AUGGAGACGGAAGCGAAAGAAGCGAAAGGCGGCAUGGAUCCCGCCUUGUACAAGGCCGCGACGCAAGGGCGCGUGGGGAUCCUGAGGAAGCUGGUGGUGAACGACGUCAAGAUCCUCAACUCCAAGACGCCGCAGGACAACACGGCGCUCCACCUGGCCGCCUUGCACGGCCACCCCAAGGUCGCCCGCGAGGUCCUCGCCGUGAGCGAGGAGCUGCUCGUCACCCGGAACGGCGACGGCGACACCCCGCUGCACCUGGCGGCCAAGGCGGGCAAGCUGGAGGUGGCCAGGCUGCUCGUCAGCUUUGCCCUGGCGUGGCCGCAGGACAUGAAGAGCCCUCUGAUCAUGACCAACAAGGCGGGCAACACCGCGCUGCACGAGGCGGUGCAGCACCGCAGGGGCGCCGUGGCGGUGGCUCUGCUGGACGCCGACCCCAACCGCGGCCACGACCUCAACGAGCGGAUGGAGUCCCCGCUGCACAUGGCCGCCCGCGAGGGCCUCGUCCAAGUCGUCCAGAAGAUCGUCAACCCCCCCUGGGUCGGCCCGGAGUUCUUGCCCUCCGUCUCCCUCAGCGGAACGGCUCUGCACCAGGCCGUGCUAGGCACCCAUCACCGAAUCGUGGAGAUCCUGCUGGAGCAGAGGCCUGAUCUGAUCGACCUCACCGACUCCGAUGGCAACAACGCCCUGCACUACGCGGCGCAGAAGGACCACCAGAGGGCGGUGGAGAUGCUGCUCAAGAAGCGGACGGAGCUGGCCUACAAGCGCAACCACAUGAGCUUGUCCCCGCUGCACGUCGCCGCGCAGUACGGCUCGACGGAUGCCAUCAAGGCGCUGCUCCGGCACUGCCCGGACGUGUCCGAGAUGGCGGACAUCUAUGGCCGCAACGCCUUCCACGCAUCCGUCGUCAACGGCAAGGCGAACGCGCUCAGGUGCCUGCUCCGCCGCGUCCGUCCCGCGGAGCUGCUCAACCGCGCCGACAACAACGGCGACACGCCUCUGCACCUCGCCGCCAAGAUGAGCCGCGUCCACUCCGCGCUGAUGCUUCUCAAUGACAGCCGCGUAGACCCCGGCAUCCGCGACAAAGACGACCAGACGGCGCGCAGCCUCGUCGAGAAGAAGCUGCACACUGGCGAGACUGAUGCCCACGAGAUGUACCUCUGGAAGCAGCUGAAGCGCCAGGAGUCCAAGAGGUGCCACAAGCAGCAGCUGCCACCCGUCACCUUCUCCGGAGACAGCAGGACCUCCAGCCACAAGUACUUCGAGCGCAGCGUCGAGACCUACAUCCUCGUGGCCACCCUCAUCGCCACCGUCACGUUCGCCGCCACCUUCACCAUGCCCGGCGGCUAUUACCAGGACAGCGGCAUCGCCAUCCACGGCCACGACACCGCCUUCAAGAUCUUCGUCAUCUCCAACACCAUCGCCAUGUGCAGCGCCAUUGUUGUUGUCUACUGCUUCAUCUGGGCAUGGAAAGAUCCCAUCAAGUUCAAGAUUGACCAGCUCCUGUGGGGCCACAGGCUCACUAUGAUCGCUGGUCUGGGCAUGCUCGUCUCGCUCAUGGCAUCAGUCUACAUCACCGUACCACACAAAUCACGGUGGCCCGCCUACGUCGUCAUCGCCAUCGGCAUGAGCACCCCGGCCGUCGUCGUCCUCAUGCUCGGCCGGGAUGUGAUUUUCGUCCCGCUGUAG